AUGGAAAUCAGUGGACGAUUAGCUGAUAGCUGCUCAAGCUAUUGCAAAAUGACCGAGAACUUCAAACUGCUUGAUCUCAGCAGCUCACCCCAGAAACCUGCUCUUUCCUGUUUAGGACAGUCAAAUGGCAGUACAAAAUCAGUAUAUGCUUCCACGAUGUCAUCACCAUCAAAACAACUACAGGUGUCUACAAUUGAGACAUCGUUGAGUCAUGUCAAGCAUGCAUCUCUGUUUCAGGAACUUUUUGAAUUUGGUGCCGAUGAUUGUGGCCAAAUUAUCAUGUUUCCCGAUUACUUCAGCAAAGAUGAAAAGGUGAUGGUGCAGGAGGUAGCCCAAGGAUUACACUUGGGCUGCCAAGUUGGUGAAAAAUGCAUUGCAGUGUACAAAAUCUUCGGUGGACACUAUCACCAAAGUCAACUACAGCGCUUGCAUUCAGCUUCGCCUGCAAAUGUCAUUAUUGCAGCCGAUGAUGUGUACGUCGAUGUAAAUGAGCUGGCUCAACAAGGCAAAGACGGUUUCAUCGCAAAGUUAAGGCUACAGCGUAUGAGUUCUAGAAGUGGCAUACGCCGCAACAUGCUUUGGGACGUAGCAGUGUUGAGCACAACGGCCGAUGGUUUUGCAGACCGUGUAAGUGAGGGUGAAGGUGGUGUUUAUGCAGUGCAGUCUCGAUCUAGCGGUCAGAAACUUGCGCUUUUUAAGCCUGUUGAGGAGGAAAGAUUCGUUCGAGAAGGUCUUUAUGCAGGUGAAGGGGCUGUUCGUGAGGAAGCAGCCUACGUGCUUGAUUCACGGAGCAAUGGCUUUAGUGGAGUACCACCUACAGCUGUUGCACAAUUGCGACUAUCUAGUGUGGGUCGAGCCAAACAAGGCGCUGUUCAACGUUUUAUGUCAACUAAUAUCGGAAGCAUGGAGUGCUUUGGUAUGCCCUUCGACCUUGAGAAAGCUUGCGAGUUUGCUUCGGUAGAACAGAUUCACCGCAUUGCUUUAUUAGACAUACGUGUGUUUAAUACGGACCGACAUCCAGGCAAUAUCCUGCUGAUUGGCGAAAAGAAGCCUUACACGAUGGUACCAAUCGAUCACGGAUGUAUCCUCCCAAGUUGGUUUCAUCUGUCCGAAGCAUGUUUUGACUGGCUUAAGUACCCGCAAAUUCGUGAACCUCUUUCAAAUACGGCCUUGCAGUACAUCGAAUCACUUGACGCCGAAAAAGAUGCUAAACUUUUGCGCGUGUUGGGUAUUCGCGAAGAGUGCGUGAUCACACUUAAGAUUUGCUCACUCUUUUUAAAAUUGGCAGCUACGAAUGGUAAGACGCUGUACUGGAUGGGAAAUUAUAUGACACGUGACGGUUGCUUCCAGCAGCCUUCACGUCUUGAGCUUGCUAUACAAGGUGCAUGCAAAUGCGUCGGUAUUCCAUACACGUUCAAGCUCAAUGAAUUUGACGAACAGCAUGGUGACAUCGAAAUAGGUGUGCUCAGUCGACGUCCGCCUAACGAAUUUUUCCUCGCGCUUGAGAAUUUGUUGCUAGAUGCAGUCAAGACUGAAAAUUUUUGA